AUGGCAUUGUGUUCUCAAGCAUUUUCCUCAGCUAAGCGCUCGUGCGACUUUGGCUCGUCUCUGCUGCAAUGCACGCCAACUAAGAAGGAUCCUGUGGCAUUCUGCUCGUCGUCUGAGUCUGACGGGGAUCUGGACGACCAGCAGUCGUGCUAUAGUGCCGACCAAGCCCGCGCCAAAAGAAGAGCAUCCACAAGAAUGUCGUUCUCCGUUAAUAACGAACUUUCAAAGGCCGUUUCACAGUACAGUGAUGACGAGGACGAGCAAGACUUGGAGGCUUCUUGCUGCGGGUCCCCCCAAUCUUCACACGGCGAUGCAAACCUUGAUUGCAAAUUGAUGAGUUCGCCUCGCGCCUCUGUCCACAUUGGCCUGCUGGGCAACCUUCAGGCUUGCCAUGGCCACCGCAACUCAAUCUCAGCCGCUAGCUUCUUGCCCAUCUCUGACAACAACAACCUGUCGAGUUCUAGCACCAAGAAACAGCAUAUUUCUCAACUGGAUAAGUGUUCGAGAAUGAAGUGCUUCGACUACCUUGUUGGUGCGAUAGAUGAGGCUUGGGCCAGGUACUGCGAUGCUGCAUCAUAUGUGGAAGAUGAGACUUAUGGGUAUAGCACACCCAAUUCGGUCGCUACCGACGACGAGGAUGACUACUUUGGCAACUCUACCGACUUGACUGAUUAUGAGAGUGACUUCGAGCAUGAGCACAAGCACAAGCCAAAGCACCGGCUGAAGGCUGGUGCUAGCGCUGCUGCUGGUGCGCACUUCAAAAAGCCUUCCAUGGCAGCCAAGCCCGUGGGUAUUAUGGCCAAUGACAACGUCAACUGUGCCUCGUCCACACUGAAGGACCCUUCUUCGUGCCAGUUGCUGGCAUUGAAGGACAGAUUGAUCAAGGCCAAGUACUUUUUGCAGGAUCUUUUGGAGUCGGAUGACUACCAUGAUGCCUGUGCUUUCUGGAAGCGCUGGGACAUGAUCAAGUAUGCCGCCAUUGAGUUGGUUGAAGAUGACGACGAUGACGAGGUCAUCGAGUCCACCAUCGACGAUUUGGAGGAAGGGCGUCUUUUUACCAACUAG